CUGGUGGACCUGUGACGUCACUGUGAUGUCAUCGAGGGGUGGGGUCUGUGCAUAGGGACCCACACAAGAGCAGCAGCAGAAACACACAGCACUCAGCUCUGCACCUCUCAGCUGGCUGCUUCUCUCCUGCAAAGAUGCGAGGCUUGGUUUCAGUGACACUUCUGCUGCUCCUGGCCCUGUCCCUGAGCGCAGAGGCCGGGCGAGGGAAAGGCAAAGGAAACAAAGGUAAACCGGACCGUGCCAAGGCAGCCUCCGAGUGCACCCCAGCGGAGACAGAGUAUGGGAAGUGUAUCCCGGAGCAGGGCGACUGUGGAGAGGGCCAGAGGGAGGUUACCUGUAAGGGUCAGACAAACAAGAUCCACUGCAAGAUCCCCUGCAACUGGAAGAAAGACAUCAGUGACUGUAAGUACAAGUUUGGCCCCUGGGGACCCUGUGACGCUGCCACCAACACAAAGAGUCGGUCGGGCAGUCUGAAGAAGGUCCUGUUCAACGCCGAGUGCCGAGACACUGUGACUGUGUCCAAGCCCUGCUCUCCCAAAGUCAAGAAGACGAGAGGAGACAAGAAAUCUACCUAAACAAUGGGAAAGUAUUGGACCAAGUGUCUUUCUUCCUUCAUGAAAAUGCAAAACACAGACUCCUCCAAAAGUACAUUUAUUUAGAUGUUUGUUUCCUGAUGGUUUUAUGUUGAUUUUGAUUAAAAUGCAGAGCUUUCCUGAUUUUCCUAUGUUAGGCAAAAGUAAAUAACUGUUCCUUAGCGUAUAGCCUUUUUUAACCAUAAAAACUUUUUUACAAAAAAAAUAUAGAAUAAUGUUAAAUCCAGUGUUAUAUUCUCCACUGGAUCUAAAAACGUUUGUAGCAGAAUUUGAGGCAUGUACAAACUGUGCAAAGGUUAGAAAAGGCCGUCUAUAAAUCUAUUUUUGAAUUUUAGAUCAUGAUGAAGCUUGUACAAAUGAACAAAUUAAAAUAAUGUACAUUGUUUUAAA